UCCGCCGCCGACGCCGUGAUCAAGAAGUUUUGGCGCAAUUAUAGGGUGGCGACUGAGCAUAAGGAUAGGGCGGACGUGGUGCUCCGUAACAUGUGUCGGAAGUUGACACGGCAGCAGUGGUACAACCAGAGGAUCACGUGCAUCGGCCACUUCUAUGCUGAGCAGGGCGUCAGGUACACAAAGCCUGAGAUUGUGCAGGGACUCGCCCCGGCUAUGACGAUAGAUGAGUUCAUGUCGGUUGUACCACAUUGGGCUGAUAAUAAUAAGAGGGCCGCCUUCAUGGAGUUGGUCAAGAAUUGGGUCGGCGAAAACCCCGAUUUCAAGGCCGUGAGCGACCGGAACAAGGCCAACCGUGGUUCUCGGGGAACACACAUCUGCGGGGAGCAGCAGCACCGAUCGCUAUCGGGAGCGUUCGCGGAAGAGGCGCGGCAGUGCCGGGCAGAGGAGAUGGGCGAGCGGUGGCGUGCAGAGCGGGAGAUCCAUCAACGUCAGCGGCGGGAGGCCCUGGACCAGCAGCUGCGGGAGGAGCCGACGACAGCGGAGGCGGUGGCCUAG